AACGUUCAGAUGAUAGAGAGCGAUGCACUGCCAAGCACAUCUAGAGAGAUAGAGGAUUUGACUGAAUGCCCAAUAUGCCUGGAGACCUUCGUGCAGCCUGUACAACUAAGUUGUGGACACUCGUUUUGUAACAAAUGUGUCGAAGAGAUAACCGACUUACGGAGAGUGAUAUGUCCACAAUGUCGUCACAUGACCGAAGUGCCCUCCGAAGGUUUCGCAAUUAAUUACCGUUUGCAAGAUUUAGUGGCGCUGGUUUCCAGAGCGAAAGAUGUUGGUUGUUUUUCUAGGAUGCAAAACUUUCAAAAGCGUUCUGACGAGGUAAAUGUCAGUUCGACAACACAGAAUGGAGCCCAGGAAUCUGACGCAGUGAUGAUGUGGUUGUUUCCUAUGGUAUUUAAUUUCGAAAUUCUAUGUGCAGCAUCAUGGGGUGAUGAUUUGCUGCUAGGAACUGACAGCGGGCUUAUGUUAUGUGAUUGUGGCAAUCAAAGCAAAGUUUAUGAACUGAUAAACCGGCGUCGCUAUGAACAAAUGGCCGUACUGGAACCGCAAGAUGUCCUUAUUACAAUUUCUGGAAACAACCGAUCAUUAAGGAUUUAUGAUCUUAGCUGGCUCAUGCAGAAGCUACUGGAAGCAAAGACUUCCGUAAAAGGAGCGGGAACCCUAAAAGAAAAAGGCUGGACGGACCUUGAUGACGUGCAAAGCGUUCAACAUUUCAAAACAGUCUGCUAUGAACAAACAAAAUACCUAGUUGUCGGCAUGGACUUUAGUAUUGUAAUAUAUAUUUGGGAACCUGAUCCUUACCACAAAUUCGUCCCUUUCAAGUCUUUCGAAUCACUGUCUCACUCGCCACUGUUUGUUGAUUUGGCUUUGGAAAACAAAGCACGUCUGAAGGUGCUAUACGCUUCAUAUGAAGGUUUCCAUGCUAUUGACCUUGAUUCUAGUGCGAAGUACGAUAUCUACACACUUCCCAAGUACUUACAGCAAAAUAUUCUACCUCGCUGCAUAGCGGUCCUUCCAAAUAGUAACGAUACGCAGUUGCUACUUUGUUAUAACGAUAAAGGUGUUUAUGUUAACAUUUUCGGAAAAAAGUCAAGGAACGUGAUGCACUGGGUAGAUAUGCCACGUAAAGGUGGCAGCAUAGCCUAUAUCUCAACUGGGCAAAUAGUGUGCUGGGGACAUAUAGCCAUUGAGGUCCGAUCGGUUGAUACGGGCAACCUCGAUAUAGCUUUAAUGUAUGGAAAAGUUUCCAGAUUUAAGUUUUUAUGUGAGUAUAAUGGCAUGGUGAUCUACACAGUAGCCGAACCUGAUGGUCGUUCCUGCCGUAUACAGGGUAUAAAGGGGAUACAGCAUGCAGCUAAACUACAGAGCAAAAGUGUUAAUAGAUGCAUACGUUUAUCUCAACUUCCCUUUCGGAAAUAUAGUGUGAAUUCUAUAGCGGUGUAGGAAAUCUGUUAAUUGUCUGAAUAUUGUUGCUUAGGAUUCAAUUUGCAUG